GGAUAUGCUACUUCACUUUAAUAAAAAAAAAAUGUAUUUCUCACUCGAAAUGUUAUUUAAAAAUUGCAAACAUAAUUUUAAAUAAAAUUACGGGUUCUUUGGGCUUCUUUCGAAAAUAAUUUAUUUAAUAACCUUCAAAAAUUUUCGCGGCAAAUCACUGGUCUAGACGUUAAGUAAUGGAAGUUUACACUGCGGCGGAGAGUAUGUGAAUGUUAUCGUUUUUCCCACAAAAACUCCUUUUUUCGAGAGAGAGAAUUAAUAAAAAAACUGAAGGUGAGAUAAACAGUUCAUCUCAUAUUUUUCUGAAGUAAAAUAUGGAUGCCAAUAAACGUUUUCAGAAAGCAAAUACUAAAUUAUUAAUUCGUAAUGGUUUAAUUACAAAUGACGAUGCUUCGUUCAGUGGUGAUGUCUAUGUAGAAAAUGGAAUUAUAUUAAAGAUUGAUAAGAAUCUAACCGUCUCAUCAGACACUAAAAUCAUAGAAGCAAAUGGAAAUUAUGUAAUUCCAGGUGGUAUUGAUCCUCAUACUCAUUUCCAGUUCCCAUUUAUGGGAACAGUAACUAUUGAUGAUUUUUAUUCUGGAACCAGAGCAGCUUUAGCAGGAGGAACUACUAUGAUAAUUGAUUUUGUAGCAGAUAAAAAUUCUUUAUUGGACGGCUAUGAGAAAUGGAGAAGCUGGGCUGAUGAAAAAGUUUGUUGUGAUUAUAGUUUACAUGUUGUUGUUGCAUCUUGGUCAGAUAAGGUGAAAAAAGAAAUAGAAAUUUUAGUAAAAGAAAAAGGAAUUAAUUCCUUUAAAAUUUUUAUGGCAUACAAAAAUAAUUUGAUGUUAAAAGAUUUUGAAAUUCUAAAAGUGUUUGAAACCUGCAAAAAUGUUGGGGCACUAGCAUUGGUUCAUGCUGAAAAUGGUGACAUCAUUGAAGAAAAUUCUAAAAAAUUACUAGAAAUGGGAAUUACUGGCCCUGAAGGGCAUUUAUAUAGCAGGCCAGAAGAAGUUGAAACUGAAGCAACACACAGAGCAAUAGUUUUGGCAAAUCAAAUGAAUUGCCCUUUAUAUGUUGUUCAUGUUAUGAGUAAAAGUUCUGCAGAUAUAAUAGCUGAAAAAAGAAAGAGAGGAAAUAUAGUUUUUGGUGAAACUCUUGCAGCGAGUUUAGGAACUGAUGGAACACCAUACUUUGACAAAUGCUGGCAUCGAUCAGCAGCUUAUAUUAUGUCACCUCCUCUUCGACCUGAUCCUACAACACCUCCAUAUCUCAUGGAUUUAUUAGCAAGUGGCGAUUUGCAAACAACAGGUAGUGACAACUGUACUUUUACUAUGGAACAAAAAGCUUUGGGAGCAAAUGAUUUUACUAAGAUUCCAAAUGGAGUAAAUGGAGUUGAAGACAGAAUGUCAGUUAUUUGGGAGAAAGGAGUGAUGACAGGUAAACUUGAUCCAUGUCGUUUUGUAGCAGUAACUAGUACAAACACAGCUAAAAUAUUCAACAUCUAUCCCCAAAAGGGUCGAAUUCAAGUGGGUUCUGAUGCAGAUAUUGUUAUUUGGAAUGGUGAUAAAACUCGAACCAUUCAGGCAAAGACUCAUCAUCAACUAGUGGAUUUUAAUGUUUUUGAAGGAAUGACAUGUCAUGGUGUUCCUAUUUAUGUUAUAUCAAGAGGAAGAGUAGUUGUGGACAAUGGAAAGUUAAAUGUUAAUCCUGGUACUGGUCGUUUUAUUCCAACUCCAUCAUAUUCUCCUUAUGUUUAUACACGAGUACAACAAAGAGAAAAAUUUAGACAGCCUAAAAAAGUUGAUCGUAAUUCUAUUGGUUAAUUGGAGAUUUAAUAUCUUAUAUACAGGUUAUACAAGAGGGCAAUAUACUCUUCUGGACUCCACCUGGUAAGAAACCUUGUUUGAAACUCCAUUCUAAAAAU